AUGGCUCACGUCUCCAUCACUCUGCGCCAAAGCAUUGCUGUUCUGAGCAUCAGCAAUCCGCCCGUCAACACGCUCAACCAUGCAGUCCGCCACGGCAUCGUGCGAUCUGUGCGUGAGGCCAUUUCGGAUGCGCGCGUGCAGGCGCUCGUGCUUGUCGGCGCAGGGCGGUCCUUCCCGGCUGGAGCAGACAUUAAAGAGUUCCGCGGCGGCCAAGCGCUCAACGCUCCCGUGUUGACCGAGGUCUGCGACGUGCUCGAGCAAUCCCCAAAACCAAUCGUGGCUGCUUUGCACGGAACCGCACUUGGCGGUGGUCUGGAGCUGGCAUUGGGUUGCCACUACCGUGUGGCCCUGGAUUCCGCUCACCUUGGCCUGCCAGAAGUGCACCUUGGCAUCCUGCCUGGCGCGGGUGGCACACAACGCCUCCCUCGUUUGAUUGGCUUGCAACGCGCGUUGGAUUUGAUCGUGUCGGGACAGCACAUUUCUGCCGCUGCAGCCCUCAAGCUUGGACUGAUUGACCAGAUCUUCCAAGCUGGGGCACCCGCUGCUGCCGAAGGCACGCUGCUGGACCGCGCUGUAGAGUACGCUCAGGGCAUUGCGUCGCGCCCGUUGGACGGCCGUCGUGUGUCCGAGCUGGUCCCUCGCGAUAAGAGUACCUUUGACCAGAGCGAUGUCUGGGACAAGGCCCUUGCGACCGUCAAGGCGCAGCACCGUGGCUACGACGCGCCCAUCCGCAUUGUCGAAGCAGUUCGCGCGGCUGCUCAGCUACCCUUCAAGCAAGGCAUGGCCAAGGAGUACGAGCUCGUCGUCAACCUGAUGAAAGGGCCUCAGGCAAGUGCUCUGCAGCACUUGUUUUUCGCCGAGCGCGAGGUCGGGACGGUUCCCGGCCUGAAUCCUUCCCUCGCCAAGCCCGUUCGUUCGGUGGGUGUGUUGGGCGCCGGCACGAUGGGCGCUGGCAUUGCAAUGGUCUUCCUGAACGCCAAGAUUCCCGUUGUUCUCCUCGACACCAAGCAAGAGUUCCUCGACCGCGGGUUGGCCGGCAUUCGCGCCGUCUACGCCUCUGACGUCAAGAAGGGCAAACUCACCGAGGAAGCCCUCGCCAAGCGCCUAGCCUUGCUCACCCCGACCCUGGACUACGCGGCCUUUGCGAACGUGGACCUGGCCAUCGAAGCCGUCUUUGAGAACAUGGAUAUCAAGAAGCAAGUCUUUGCCAAGUUGGAUGCCGUGUGCAAGCCCGAGGCCAUUCUGGCGAGCAACACUUCCACGCUGAACAUUGAUGAGAUGGCGGCGGCGACCAAGCGUCCAGAGCAGUUUAUCGGCACUCACUUUUUCUCGCCCGCAAACGUCAUGCGCUUGCUUGAAAACGUGCGCGGAAAGAAAUCGUCACCAAGCACGAUUGCCACUGUCAUGGCGCUUUCCAAGACGAUCAAGAAGGUGGGUGUGCUUGUCGGAAACUGCGACGGCUUUGUUGGCAACCGAAUGCUCGAAGGCUACGCACGCGAGGCCUCGUUCAUGCUCGAGGAAGGCGCUCUGCCCGCUCAAGUGGACAAGGUGUUGACCAGCUUUGGCAUGGCCAUGGGCCCGUUCCAGAUGGGCGAUUUGGCUGGCAACGACGUCGGCUGGCGCAUCCGUCAGGGCAAAGGGAUGACCAACCCCGCCACGCGCCCGGCCAAGGAAGGCCGCUACUGCGAGCUCGGCGACAAGCUGUGUGAACUUGGACGCUUUGGCCAGAAGGCUGGAGCUGGCUGGUACAAGUACGAGCAGGGACAACGCAAGGCAAUUCCUGACGAUGCGGUUGCCAAAUUGAUCGAGGCGCACUCGUCGAGCAAGGGCAUUGCUCGCCGCAGCAUUUCCGACGAGGAGAUUUUCGAGCGAUGCAUGUACCCGCUCAUCAACGAAGGCUUCAAGGUGCUGGAAGAAGGCAUCGCCCUUCGCCCUGGCGACAUUGACAUUAUUUGGGCAUAUGGCUACGGCUUCCCCCGUUACCGCGGCGGCCCGAUGCAUGUCGCUCAGACCAUUGGUCUGAAGAAGAUUUACACUGCCCUUGCCAAAUACUCGAAGCAGUUCCCGACCAGCCAUCACUUUGUUCCCUCCAAGCUGCUCCAGACGCUUGCCGAGACGAACACGACCCUGGAGCAGCAUUUGGCCACCAAGAGCAAGCUGUAA